CGCCGUGGCCGGAAGCGUCCAGCCGGCUGUCACGCGCGAGCAACCUGACGGCGGCGAGCGCGCCGUUUCUCCGCGAGUUUCGGAACUUGAUGCGCGGAAAGUUCCGAAGGAAAAGUUGGCGCGUCUGCGAGCCGCGAUAUUCUCGCCGACGCGAAUCGCCCGGGUCCACCUGGCGCACUGCACGAUCGAGUCGAGCGUCGUCGGGCAAAGACAUUCGCGACGGUUCGCGAGGAAGUCGCCGCACGGAAUUGUAAAGGGUUAUCCCCCGGACUUGACUGUCGGACGAGUCGAAACUUCUCGUCCGGUGAAGUAAGGAAGGAGACGAUCGGCUCGCGUUCUCCCCCCCUCCUCUCUCUCUCUCUCUCUCUCUCUCUCCGCUCGUCGAUCGGGUGCUUUGAUCAGAGACAAAAAGUUGGACCGUUCGAUGAAUAAGAGGAUCGCCUAGUUUUGCCGAAAGGCACUUUUAGUUACUCGGAAGUAAGUUACUCGCGGGAGAAUCCCCCCUCUACCCCGUCCCCCGGUCCGUCCCGCAUCGUGGGAGCUCGCAUCGUGAAGAAUCGCGGGGUAGCUUUCGGCGUAGCUGACGUCAUCGAGAACAAACAAGUAGAUCGAGGAUUUGCGGCGGGAAGGGUGGGUAUUAUGUCCCAAGGCUGAAGGAAAGAAACCAAAGGCGAAGAGCGGCAGCGACGAGCUGGCAGCCGGAGGAGAAGGAGAGGAAGGAGGAGAACGGAAAGAGAGAGACAGAGAGAAAGAGAGAAGGAAACCUCAGAGGGAGCAUCGGGGGACGAAGGACGAAGAAGGAGGGAAGCCCUCGGAAGCUUGAGCCUCGGGUUAUCGCGAGAGGCGGCGAGUUAGACAGGCGAGAUAGGAUUUCGAUCGAGGUACUUCCCGUGCCUUAGCGGUUAAGAGCCGAUUAAUGCGAUCGCCUCUAAUUAGUGCUCGGCUAUUUCACAAUCGUAACUCGCUUUUCCGUCCGACGAGCACGCUCGAUCCUCGCCGUCCGCCCAUCCUUGAGACGUCGUUCACGGAGGAAAAGUGAAUCGACCAUCGAUCCAUGUCGCCGACUCGACGCAUUUCCGGCGUCACUCCGCAAUGACGGCGAGCCCAGCUCUCCCGUGGAACGUCUUGCUGUUCAUUAUCGACUGAUCGAUCCGGACUCGCCGAUCAGAGAAACAAGGCUAAUCCGUCGCGAGCGUUAAUAGGACGAUUCGAUCGGGGACGAGGACGGGGACGGACGAUGCUCGGGAAAAGCACGUAAGGAUCGGCCGUGUGUGUGCGCGCGCGUUUGCCUUCUCUUCCUGCUCUUCUUUCGCCGAGGGAGAUCGCCUUCCUAAAAAAAGGAGCUAAGAUGUGCGCGAAAUCGUUGCUGCUGUGUGUCCUCGGCGUCAUCGCUAUCGUUAACGAGUCCGAAGCCAGCUGGGAGGAAUGGUGGACCUAUGACGGUAUUUCCGGACCUUCGUUUUGGGGUCUGAUAAAUCCGCAGUGGUCCCUGUGCAGCAAAGGAAGACGGCAGAGCCCCAUCAACAUCGAGCCGGACAAGUUGCUCUUCGAUCGUCACUUGAGACCGGUGCACGUCGACAAGCACAAGGUUUCCGGAAAUUUACACAAUACCGGGCAGUUCCUGGUAUUUAGGGCGGACAGAGAGGCGAAGAUACGAGUCAAUAUAACGGGUGGCCCGCUCGCUUAUCACUAUCAGUUCGAAGAGAUAUACAUCCACUACGGAAUGGACGAUAGUCAUGGCUCCGAACAUCGUAUCAAUAACUAUGCUUUCCCCGCUGAGAUACAAGUCUACGGUUUUAACGCCGAACUGUAUCACAAUAUGAGCGAGGCGCAGCACAAAAGUCAAGGACUAGUGGCGAUCUCGUUGAUGGUGCAGCUCGGCGAGAAGGUAAAUCCUGAGCUGCAGAUCAUCACCAGUGUGUUCAACAAGGUCCAACAUCGAGGGGACACCGCACCUGUGCGCUAUCUGUCCGUGAAAGGUCUUCUCCCGCAGACAGCCGGUUACAUGACUUACGAGGGCAGCACGACGCAUCCCGGUUGUUGGGAGACGGCGGUCUGGUUGAUCCUCAACAAACCGAUUUACAUCACAGCGCGAGAGCUGUACGUCCUAAGGAGAAUAAUGCAGGGCCCUUCCAGUACCCCGAAAGCACCUCUCGGUAAUAAUUCCAGACCGCUGCAGGGUCUUCAUUACAGAACCGUGCGAACAAAUAUCGAUUUUGCGAAGCGGGAAAACGCCAAGUGCCCGUCGAUGGCGCAGGACAUGCACUAUAGAGAAUCUGAAAAGAUGACUUUUUCCUUCCAGCCAACACGUGGCGGGAUGACAGUUCUCUAUCGCACAACGUAGUCUGAAGGCCGGCGGCAGCGCGAAAGGACCACGAGAGAAGACUUUUAUCCAGAGGCGCGCGGGGACAACGCGAGUUCGCGUGAUGCGACGGAGAGGCAGGGGCACGGCGAGGGGGGGGGGNGGAGCUAAGUUCGAACGGGGAGGAACUCGCUGUACCGGGGGCUACCGAUUCACCGUUGCUGUGUGAGAAAAAUAAUCCAAAAAAGGGAAGAAGAAAUAAACAGUAGAACUGGACGUUAUAUUUCGAACGCUUGUAAGAUGAACGCGCGGAGUCCUUUGUCAAGCUCCCUCCACCAUAGCGAUUCGCGUGUGUCUCGAAGCGAACGAGUGAGUGUAAUAACCGUCGCGUCGUGAAGAAGAGACUGUACGUUUAAUUUCUAGAUAAGUUUGUCGCGCGUCGACCGGCUUUUGGAUUAUAUCGUUCGGAGGAGGGAGGCCGAAGUUGUGUUUUGAAGUCACCGUCGCGCUAACGCGCGAAUGACGGCGAAAGGGAGCUCCGGCCCCGAUGAGAAGAUCUCCCGGGAUCUCGUUUAAGCUUACGCUGAGUUCGCGCGUUCGAGGAAUGUAACGCGAUUAUCAGGGAUGGGCAUCACAUUGGAGGAUAAUAUUACGGUAUUAUUACGAUAUAUAAACCGCAGCAUAAUUUUAUAAAACGGACAAUAGCAUUCUCAGCCGACGAAUGAUUCCUAUAACGAAGUGCUAGGCGUUGUCUCUCUCCUAAGGUAAGAGUACUCCUUUUCUAAGAGUCCUGCCCAUUGCUGAUAAUAAUCGCUCGCACGCACGCAUACGACCGUUUCUGUUUUCGCGCGGCAACAGAGAGAAGAGGAAUUACCGCUUUGCGCAAUUGAUCCCGCCGCCUCGCGCGAAUCGAAACGGGUUAUUUGGCAGGUUUUGUCAAUUAUUUCGUAGCCAAUGGCGAUCACAGUGUGAACGAUGUAAAGCGAAAACCGUUACGAAACCGGCGGGAACCUGGGUGGGGGAAUGGGAUGAGGGAAAUGAAGCGGAAGCACAGGAAGAAGCGAGAGACGAUCGUGAUGGAUCUCGGGAGAAGAUACAGAAGAAGAAAUAGCUAGGUAUCUCGCAGGAGGAGGUGGAGGAAUGGCAGGAGGAGGAGGGGGGAAAGGGGGCGAGUGCAAUUUCGUAAUAGCACUGGGAUAGAGAGGAGUAGGAUAAUAAAGAAGGAAUGGUUCGGAAGAGGAAGAGAUUAGGAUGAAGUCAUGUGGUAGAUCAACCGCGCGUAAGGAAGGGAACGCUGGCUCUCUCGGUUAGCUUGGCCGAUGGGCGAAUAAUCCCCGGUCGCUUUUGUAUAUAAAACACACAGAUACGGAAAAUGUACACGAACAAACAUUACCUAAUAGGCACGUGUAAGCAGCGAGAGACGAGGAUGGAAACUCUUUUAGGGAGGCAAAAAGCGUGUGUAUAGAGAAUAAAGUUGUAUCAUACGAAAGUGAACGUUUAACGAUUGUGGUUAAUAAAUAACGAUAAUAAUAAAGGCGACGUUAUA